CAAUUGGAGAUUCUGUUGGGGGCUGCCGACGCGCUCUCCGUGUAUUGACGGCAGCUCUCUCGCACCGCUUUUCUCGCGUUUCGCCGAUUAUUGAGACCGAUUCCAGGGCCCAAACACGACCCAGUCGGCGGCCCAAGGUGUGCCGCGGAUUAUAUGAGUGGUGGUGGUGGUGUUUUGCGCACACAAGCGAUCUAUACACACACGCAUUCACGACCAUCGCGGAGGUGCUUCACAAAUCGGAUACUGCUCUGUGCCAUGCUGAAAACCGUUGCUAAUAAUCUCUGGAUUAGUCGUAGAACCUAGAAUGUUGGGAUCUGGAGGCCCACGCGGGCCGGCAGCGAGUUCAGCCGGCACUUUGCUCGAGUCGUGGCCUUGCAGCUGCAGCGUCGUCGUUGUCCAGCAGCAGCAGCAGCGUCUCAGCAGGCCGCAGAGUGGUUGCCCCGCGAUUGCCAGUGCUGCCCAGGUCGGCGCAGCGCUGUUUUCAAGUGCAUGGCGGAACCAAUGAGAGAGAGUCCGCUGCAGGACAGCAGCCACCGCGGAAAGGUGGCAGACCCCUGCAAGAAGCUUUUGUCCUCGAGUGCAGCAGCGAAGCAGGGCAGUGCGCGCGGCGGGGCCGAUCCCGCGACAGCAGCAACAGCGCCGGCCUCGAAUAACAAUUUCGACGACGAUAAUGAGUGGGACAUCGGCAUCGGCAACCUAAUAAUCGACUUGGACGCCGACAUCGAGAAAACUAACGAAGGCAAGGCCAGCCACAACAACAACAUGGCCUCCACCGGCGGCUCAGGCGGAUCUUCCUCCUCCUCGAACGCCAACGCCCCCGCCAAGGGCGGCAGCAGCAGCACCAAGGCCGUCUGUCCGGCGGCGGCCACGGCCGCCGUCGAGCACUCGGCCACCGUCGACAAGGGACUCAAAAUGAAAAUCAAGCGCACCAAGCCCGGCACCAAGGAGGCCAAGCACGAAAUCGUCAAGGCCCCGGUGCCGGAGGCCGCCCCGGCGGCCGCGCCGCCGGCGGCCAGCACCAACGGCGACGCGGCCGAGGCCAAGGCCAAGCACUUCCCCUCCUCGGGCCAGGGCAGCCCCGCGGCCAAGCGCGGCAGCGUCAGCGGCCACCGGCGCGACAAGACCAAGCACCAGACGCCGGCCAAGCCGUCGUCCGAGGCGGUCAACGGGGCGCCGGCCGAGGCCGCCUCCCUGGCCGUCGCCGCCCCCGCGGCCCCCCAGCAGACGUGUGCAGUGCAGGUGAACAAUGCGGAGGCGGCCGCAGUGACUGCCCCCAUUCCCCCCGCCCUCGUGUUUCCGGCGGCCGCCGUCGCCCCCGCGACCCCCGCCGGGUCCAACCCCUCAACCCCCGCCAAGCUGGCCUCAGCCGCCGACCUGCUGGUCUCGGCGGCCCAGUGCGCCAGCCCUGCCAAGACUGAGGAUGCUUCGUCGUCCCCGCCCCCCAGCAAGAAGCUGAAAACGACCCCCGCUGUUAGUUGUACCACUAACGGAGUGAGUGAUGCAAAGGUGGAUGUGAGCGAUGUGUGUGUGGGAACAAGUGUCGGCACCAUUACAGAGCCAGACUGCUUAGGCCCUUGUGAACCAGGCACCAGUGUCACCCUCGAGGGUAUCGUCUGGAACGAGACAGAAGGAGGUGUGCUUGUGGUAAAUGUCACAUGGCGUGGCAAAACGUACGUGGGAACUCUACUAGACUGCACUAAACACGACUGGGCGCCACCAAGAUUUUGCGACUCUCCAACUGAUGAUCUCGACGCUCGCGCGCCCAAGGGCAGAGGGAAGCGAGGUCGUGGCUCCUUCUCGACGCCCGCAAAUGAUCUCAGCAACUUCACCGAGACUCGCUCCUCGGUGCACAGCAAACUGCGCAACGGUGCCAAAGGUCGUCGCGGAGCAGCUGGCUCUCCAGCGCCACCCUCUGUGCCCGUCUUCCCCAGACCCGACACCAACAACAAGCGCAAGGGUCGACCCAGUGAGACGGAGGAGCCCAACGGCGCCGCCGCUGGAAAGCGCAGCCGUUCGGGCUCCAGAGGCCCCACGGCCAGUCCUCCAGCCUCGCCUGUGCUGCUCGAGUGCCCCGAACCGAAUUGCUCGAAGAAGUACAAGCACAUCAACGGCCUCAAGUACCACCAGUCGCACGCGCACGGUGCCGUCGAGGAGGAACUUGACUCGAAAGACGCCAUCAGCCUUUCGGAGAACGACGAGAGCAACGCAGAAGUGCCUUCGGUGCCUGCGAGUCCCUCGCCAGAAAAAUCGUCGCCGAUGGUCAAGGUGGAGGUCAAGAAGGAGUCGACCCCCGAGCCGCAGCCAGUGUCGCCAGGUGCUCCGGUUGAGCCUGAAAAGGAAGUGCUUGUGUUUCCCGAGGAGCAAACUGCUCCGCCUCCGACUGCCCCUCAGUUUCCUCUUGUGGCCAAGCCCGUGGUCUCUCCUGCCGUGGCGGCGCGGCCCCCUGGGCCGCACCCAGUGCUGAAUGUACCCACGCCCCCGAAGUUGUUGCAACCAGCGAGUCUGGGUGAACCGAAACUCAGUGAAAAGUAUAAGGUGAAAAUCCCCACGCCGCCUGUGCAGCAGCGGCCGCCGUCAACACCGACCAUCAAGGCUGUGCAGCCACUGCCUCCUGCGCCCACUGCCAAAGAAAAGCCGGAAAAGCAGCAGGCACCAAAGUCACCCCUCCCUGCCAACUUGACCCCCAAGAAGAAGACGCCAAGAAAGUCGCCGACCAGCAGUCCGCUGCCAGACCAACACAACGGUCUGGUUUUCCCCUCGGAAGUGGCGCCUUCCUCACCUCUCCCCCUCACUCAGCCCACCAACGAGGGGAGAGAAGAGGUCCAGAGUCCCGCCUACUCGGACAUUUCCGACGACGGCGCUCCCGUCGACGCCGAGGUCAAGUCGCCCUCCAAACCUGGUGACAAGAAGGUGGACGGCCAAGCGCCUCUCGGGCCGUACGGAAUGUUUCCGUACUACGGCCAGACGCCUUACCUUCCGGUGAACGCGGUGCCGGUGCCUGACAACAAGGGCAAGGACGACAAGGACCCUUCCAAGGACAAGGAGAAGAAGGAGGAGUUUGCGCAAGGAAAGCCAGGUGCCCCCGGAUCGCAGCCGCAGCAGGCGCCGCCCCACUACUACCCCUAUGGCUACUACCCUUACAACCUGGAGGCUUCGGCGUACCCUCUGGCAGCAGUGGUCGUCGACAAGUACGUGGACGACAAGGAAAUUAAAAUCAAGGAAGAAAAGGUGGACAAGGAAGUGACCAAGCAAGGACAGGUUUUGAACAAAUCUAUCAAAAGUGAGGUGAAAGACAAGCAAAGUGAAAACCACCAGAUAUUGAAAGAGAGCAUCGAGCUGAAGAGUCAGAUGGGCGACAAAAAGUUCUACGAGUACCCGUACCACGUGUACCAACGUCAGCAGGAGGAUUACCGCCGCUACAUGCUGCAGCCGGACAAGCGGAAGGACGUGCAGCCGCUGGACGCCACCGUCAACAAGGAGCCGUCCAGCAAGAGCAAAAACUCGCCGAAACCGGCGCCCAAAGAGGACAAGCCUGAGAAAAAGGAGUCCUCGGCGGAGAAGAACAAGCAGGAGGGGGUGAAGCCGACGAUGGAGACGCAGGGGCCGCCCCCGCCGACCAACUCGUACGCCUACUUCAACCCCAACUACAUGCAGUCGGCGCACUACAGCACCCUGCCCUUCGACCCCAACCACCCCGUCUACAGGGGGAUGAGCCCCAUGCUGGUGCCGGGCCCUUACGGCGCCACCCCGUACCUGCACCCCCCGAUGCGGUACCCUGGGCCGGAGGACCUGUCGCGGGGGCCGCCGGCCGGCGCGCCGACCAAGGCCCUGGACAUGCUGCAGCACCACGCCUCCCAGUACGCUUACUCCUCGCACAAAAUCCACGAGCUGCAGGAACGCGCCCUCAAGUCGCCGACCCCGGGGGCCAAGACGCCCUCGACGGCGACGCCCCCCAGCUCCGGCGGGCCUCCCUCGUCCGUCCCGGGGGCCACUCCUCCCUCGGCCCCUGGACGCAGCGGGCCGCCGAGACCCUCGUCGGGGGGCGCGACGGCGCCAGGGGGCCCUUCACCGGCGUCGAGCAAGACCCCGGCGCCGGGGGACAAGGACCCCCUGGCGCCGCCCCCCAUGCGGUCGCCACCGCCACAGCGACACGUGCACACGCACCACCACACGCACGUCGGCCUCGGCUACCCCAUUCUGCCGGGACAGUACCCGACCCCGUACGGAGGUAAGCCCGUGCUGAAUGAUUUCGAAGAUUCAUCUUAUUAACUGGUCACGUACUGAGAGCGAGCUUCAAAAGUUGAGAAAACGGCUGUGUUGGCGACCCAGCAGGCGGCUGCAGCUGCUGCAUCAGUAGUCAACCCCGUCUACCCGUCAGCAUCGACCCCAAAAUAACGUUGAGACUUCGCCGCGAAGUGUGUACAUGAGAAUUAUUAGUAUAAAUAUAAUGUUGUUGACGGUCCAGAAUUGAUGAAGAUUGAAGAUCUUUGUGCAGAUCAUCCAGCAACCUGACACUCUUAGUAGGAACCAAAAGAAAGAAAGAAAAUACACUAUCACACGCAAGUCUUGAUUUCUCAAGUUUUAUCAGCGAGAGCUUAAGAUAUUUAGUAAUGGCUGUAAAAUUCCAUUUUUCUAUACGAAUAUGAUUAUUUUAUGAAUCGUCCCCCAAUACACAAGCUGAAUCAGCUGUGAGAAAUUUUUAGUUUCAAAAUCCUCUGCCACUCUUUUUUAAUUAAAUCUCUAAUCAAACGAGAAAAUGUACGGAGUUGCUCCUCUGAGUGUGUGGGUUGGUUUUUCGGAGCUCUUAUUGUGAAUCUUACAUGGGAAUCGAGGUUGUCUUCAGUUUUUCUUUAAUUGUUUGUGUAUAUUUGUAAAUUUCCGUGCAAAGAGAUCUCGGUCCGAGGCUGAAAUUAGCUGAUCAGGACGAGUAUUUCUUUUUGCAGUCAAAAAGUCAAAAACUUAUUUUACCAAAUUGCUUUUAAUUUUCAUGAUCGCAUGAAUGUCAAAUUGUUGAAAAUAUAAUGUUUGUCCCGCAAAGGCUGUAGCAUUUUUUUCUAAACUUAGUGAGCGGCCUGUACAAUACUCAAGAUGUGUUGAUUAAAGCAAAUGAAUGCGGAAAAAAAAGUUUGCAAAUCAAAGUGCACCACCAUAAAAUAAAUACACACACUCACAUCUCUACUAGCUCUAGGGUUUAAUAUCGAACGACAUACUUGCUAGCUUAUUUGUAACUCGCAUGCUAUUGAUUCCUCUCUUUUCAAUGUCCAUUGAUUAAUUUGUCUGAAUUGUAUACGCGGUGCAGUCGUUCUUCACGAGAGUAUAAAUAUAUGAAUGAUUUUAUUAAUUUUACGAGUGAAUUUUCACCGGUUUUACACUCAAGCGACUCUUGAACAUUAUCAAUGUAUGAUAUUUAAAUUACGAGAGGAAAAAACGAAGAAAUCCAAGUAUCCCAUGUUAGAUUACUAUGCAUGUAUGUAUAAAACUAGCUAAGUUGGAAAAAUCUUGAUGUGAUCACAAUUAUUCACUGCAUAGUCCUUAGAGAGAGAAAUGAACGAAUCGAAUAAAAACCUAUUGCAUAGAGAACGAAAAAAUGAUUGAGUAAUUUUCCUUGUCGAGUUCAGUGUACAUGAAGUGAAAUAAAAAUAUUUUUGUUCAUUUUAAUUGUUAUCAUAAAUAAUGCUACUAUAGGCUGUCGAUCAAUAAUUUGUAAUGUAAAUGAAAACUUUUUUAGAAUAGAAAUAAAAAAGCAAAUGUUUUAAUUCAAUAAA